GGUCAAUUGUAAACAAAGUGCAGUCUCUGGAUUCUUUUAAAAUUAAGUGUGGCCAUUCUUUGUUGUGCUGGAUAUGCUCUUUGUUAAAACAGAAGAGAUGAUUCUUACUGAAAAAAUCUGAUACGAAAGGUGAUAGGUUACGCUCGGAAGACGCGCGGAUGGUGCGCGGUUGAGUUAUUGCUCGGAUUAAUGUUAUGACUGCGCAAGGCGCGGACCUGCUCGGAGCCUAAUGAACGCCAGGGAGCUGCAACGACUGGAGACACUUCUGACCAGGAUGACGCUAGACGAUGCAUAUGACGACGAGGGAACCUUUUCCUGGAGGAUCUCGGAUAUUCAAGUAUCCAGAGUAGGGACCCUAAGCUCCAGCGUGCAGUUAGGGACCGGAAGUUUCCGCUGGUCCCUUCAGAUCAGCAGCCUUGAGAUCAACGCCAACUGGAAUAUGAAAUAUGAUCUAAGCCGCUGGCUCCCCACAGUGAGGGAUAGCGGCAGGCUAUCUGCCAGCAUGGGCCAGUCCGGGAUCACCUUAACCGUACAGCCGGUUGUUGAGACCGGUAGUGUGCAAGUGAUCCUGCGGGGCUGCUCCGCCUCUCUUUCCGGUCUAGAAGUCUUCUUUGAUGGAAGUAUCCUCAGUCAAUUCUAUACGUUGGUUGCAAAUGCUUUCGAAGGCGACAUUCGGCGACAACUGGAAAUUGCUAUUUGCGAAACGGUUACCAAAUCCAUGGGAGACAUUCGCAAGACGCUUACCGACGUGCAAACAACCUCCAACCUGCAUGUUUUCAAUACGGAUUUCACUGUGGACUAUAGUGUGACAGCCGUUGAAGUGACAAGCGAUCAUAUAGCAACCUUCCAUAAGGGAACCGUCAGCUGUGCUGGGCAAAGAUUUCCCGUUCGUGUGACCCCUUUCAUACGAGCCAUGCCUAGUUCAGGUGUGAGUUUCGAUCUGGCGGAGGACAUUUUCAACAACGUCUUGGGGAUUUCCCUGAAGAAUAAUUUCUUAAACGCAUUUGCCGACAACGCGAAGGUAAAACGCUUGAAGCUGACCUUCCUGUACUUAACGUGUGACAACGCCUUCUGUCUUGGUCGUCUGCUACCGCAGGCGAAGCUACGGUGGCCAGAAAGGGUGAUGGGUGUACGUGUAUACGUUAGCGACUCCAGCCUCUCACUUGACACUAUGGGAGCGACCCUGAACAUCCGGGGCCGCUUCAAUUUUUCCGCCGAAAGCGCCACCGAAGCAGAUCCAAUGUUCUCCGCCACUUUUAACUUUGCGUUGCCAGUAAAAGUAAAAUUCUUCAACGGUUAUAUUUCUGCUAAGCUUGCAAACGCAAGCGGACAGAUUGUUAUAGACCAGUCACAUAUUGGCAAGAUUUUGAUUCCCGGGUUGCGUAAUCUCUUUGACGUCAUGACACCGAUUCUUACUCGACUUGGUGUGGAGACAUUGAACUCCAACCCGGUGUCCACUGAAAUUAAACUUCCAAAUGACGUCAUGUUUCAAACCAGCAGCGUGCAGCUGUUUCCGAAAAUGAUACGUGUAAACGCAGACCUCUGUCAGAAAGGUACAUACGGUUGCACCUAUUCCGCCAAAGACGAAUGGGUGGGCAGAAGCGAAGGUGGAGCGAUCAGUGUUGUUGACACUAUAACCACCACCACAAGUACAACCACAACAACCACUACCACACGAACACCAACCACGACAAUAACAACCAAGGUCCCGGCGAAAACGAACGGAGCCCAUGCUAUCACAUUGACCUUGCUCGUAGAACUUCUCAUGUGCAUUGUUUUGUCGAAGUUCAAACACUUUCUUUAAAACUGUUAAUUCACUGAUUUAUAAAUUAUGUUAUUUUGAGAGAAAGCCAAAUAUGCAAUGUCGUAACUUUACUAUACAACAUCACAUUCAAAUAUUACAUCGCAUUUCUCUAGUUGUACCGGUUCUUUUUAUGUUGUAAAAUACUAUUUUUAAUGACGCAAGCGCGUUUCAAUCAGCUUGCAACAACAAAAUAAAAUGGUAAAAGCAGUGUUUCUUGACAUCGUGUAUUUUCCUUCAAAUUUGUUAAUUGCUCAAUUUAUAUCUGAAUGAUAUUUACUUGUAAUUAAUCACAAGUAUUGCACAAUUCAAAAUAAACAAUACUGUCCAUGUAAUAUUAUUAAUUCAGUACCUGUAUGUAUGUGUGUGCUGUAACCAUAGUUUUGUGUAUGUAUCAUCACAUACGUGUGUUGUAUCUAUCACUGGCUUAUACCUUCUUACAUUCUGUAUAAACUUUUUACUAUGAUUUAUUUCAAUAUUGUUCGAGAAUACUUACAUCGGUAUUAAAGGGGCCUUUUCACAUGUCGCAUAAUUGGUGUAUAUUUGAUAAUAAUGCAUGCCCUGGUUAACGUCAGUAUGGCCGAAACUCAUUAAUUUGUUGACAGUAGACGCACAAGUUCAGUCCGUUUAAAGUGUAGAUCAUGACAGGAUUACUAAGUUGAAAGAUGUUUGUUUCCGUAUCGUUGUAAUUACCAGCUAAUAAACAAAUUGGUUUGACCCAUCAAGUUGACAUGCUUAUGUAACGAUACAAGUAUAUAAAGAAUGCUUUUUUGACACUUGAAAAAGAAGGAUUUACGACGUAGGAGAAACUCUACAGGUUAUUUCCAGAACCCAACCCCAAGUGGGGUGGGGUGGGAUCCUGUCUGGAUGGAUUUGGACGGAUUUUGUCAUGUCUUGGAAACGUUGUUAGUUACUUAGAGAAUUACAUGGACUUUGAAAUAUUUCAUUAACAACUAAUUAAAAAAAUAUUAUGGACUUGGAGACUUUAUGUUAACAACUGAAUAAAUAGUAAAGAACAA